UUGUGGUUUUGCUUUGACCUCCUGCAGGCUGGGAAGCGGCCGCAGCAGGGCUUCAGCCCGGCCAGGUCAUCCUGAAGGUCAACGGCAACAAUGUGAACCGCAGCGAUCACCAGGAGGUCCUGGAGCACUUCAGCGCACAGCACACACACCAGGAACCCCCCCAGACAUGUCAGUGGGUUUAUCGUGCCUUUGAGGAUAUGGAGGAGCUCCAGAGACCAAGCAGUGCUGGUGAGAAGGAGGAGAGUCUAUUCAGGCCUUACCCGGUGGAGAACGGCUCCAAUCAUGAGGAGGGUACCACCACUAAUGGAACAGACCACAGGCUCUGCAGACUUUCCCUGUCCGCUGAUCUGCCCCUGGUCACCCUGACGGUGGAUAACGUCCACUUGGAGCACGGAGUGGUUUACGAAUACGUGAGCACCGCUGGAAUCAAGAGCCACGUCCUGGAGAAGGUGGUAGAGCCCAAAGGCUGCUUCGGCCUGACUGCUAAGAUCCUUGAGGCGUUUUCUGGUGAUGACAGCCUCUUCGUACGCAACUGCAGCCAGCUGAUCUCCCAGAGCGACCGAGUCGUUACCAUGCCACAGUACGAGUUCAGACAAAUCUGUGACACCAAGCUGGAGAGCGUCAAACGUCGUAUCAGCAGCUAUCAGGAGUUUGCUAAGGAGCUGAGGAACAAGGUGUGGCCGUCCUUCAGGCAGGCUGGCGUUCGCCCUCACCUGCUGGGCUGCAUGGACUUUGUUCCCACAAACUGCCAUGUCAACCUGAUGCAGGUGUCGUACCCCAAAAGCACCACGUCUGCAGGCAGGACUUUCAGCAUCCGCUUUGGUCGCAAAAACUCCCUUUAUGGCAUGGACCCAGACCAAGCUCAGCUCAACCCCAUGUCGCACACCCAGCACUGUGUGACCAGCAUGGGCGCUCCUUCCUGGACCUGCUCCGGCCUGGAGGGGGGUGAGGCCGACGGCGGCGCAGAGGAAACCCCGGACGGAGGCGAGGGCAUCCAGGGAGAAGGCGGGCUGAGCUUCCUGCUCAAACAGGAAGACACGGAGACGCAGGACGCCUACAUCCACCUGUACAGCCGCCUGGACGUUGCAGUGAGGGAGAUGAAGCAAUAUGUUGCUCAAAUAGACGUCCUCCUGUCGUCCAUCACUGAACCCACCCAGCUGGAUGGGGAGGGCGGGGGGCCCCCCACUGACGAGUCGGGUCAGCCUUUGGCCCCCUGCGAUGACGGCUGUGAGCAGGACAAAGCAGAGCCAGGAGGCAUUAAAAAGGUUUGCUUCAAGGUGAAUGAGGAGGACCAGGAGGACUCUGGGCACGACACCAUGAGCUACAGGGACUCCUACAGUGAAUGCAACAGCAACCGGGACUCAGUUCUGUCCUACACCAGUGUGCGAAGCAACAGUUCUUACCUGGGGAGUGAUGAGAUGGGAUCAGGAGACGAGCUGCCCUGUGACAUGAGGAUUCCCUCUGACAAGCAGGACAAGCUGCAUGGCUGCCUGGAGCACCUGUUCAACCAGGUUGAAUCAAUCAACUGCCUCCUCAAAGGAUCUGUGAUGACGAAGGCCUGUGAGGAGAUCAAGCACUUUUACUCAGACCACAGUCAGCCAGAGUUCCGCCAGACUGAAGACUGGACCGCCCGCAGCCGCUAUGUCAUCCACAAGAACAUCCAGGAGGAUCCCUGGAACCUGCCCCACUCCAUCAAGAACCUGGUGGAGAGCCUGCAGAGAUUCGUGGAUGACGGGAAAAACCAGCUUCUCCUGGCUCUGCUCAAAUGUACAGACACGUCUCUGCAGCUGCGGCGGGAUGUGAUCUUCUGCCAGGCGGCGGCCGGCGCCCUCUGCACGCUGGCGGAGCAGCUGCUGACGGCGUUACGCUCGCGCUUCAACAACGCUGGAGAGUACCAGGAGGACAGCAAGGAGACCAGCCGCAAGUGGCUGGAGCAGAUAUCCGUCAUCGGUGUUCUGCUGCACUUCCAGUCCACACUGGCUCCACACCUAAAAGCGGAGCGCACCAUGCUGGAGGACACCAAGGCGGCGCUGCUGGACUUGGACAAAGUCACCGUUUUCUUCAGGCCGCUGGAAGACGAGUGUCUGGUCGCAAACACACCUGUGUGCUACCAGGUGGAGGGCAGCCGCCAGGCCCUGAGGGUCACCAUGUUCCUGGACAGCUGUCAUUUCAGCGAGCUGCCCAGUCGGCUGCAGAACGGAGGCAGCCUGAAGCUCCACACAGUCCUGUUCUCCAGAGCACUGGAGCGUCCAGACGGCGUCUCCCUGCAGGACAACGUGGACAUGGAGGAGUUCCAGCAGCGCAUCAACGCUGUGUCCCUAGAGAAGGUCAAGGCCUACUACCGCAGACUCAGGGCUUUCUAUCUGGAGAAGUCCAACCUCCCUACUGACUCCAACUCCACUGCGAUGAAAAUAGACCAGAUACUGGGCCUUGAAGUUAAAGACCUUCAGCCGAGCAUUUCCAAACUGCUCAGACCCCUAAACACCCUGGAUGACCUCUGUCGGCUGAUGCAGUCGUACGUCAACGUGCGUCCGAGCGCGCAGGGCCACCCGUCGGGCGUCAGCGUGCUGUGUGUGUCCUCUGAACUGUGUAACCGGCUGGGAGCCUGCCACAUCACCAUGUGUGGCACCGGCAUGCAGAGAUGUACCCUGAAUGUGACCCUGGAGAAGGCGAUGAUCCUGGCCAGGAACCACGGCCUCCUGCCGCGCUGCAUCAUGCAGACCAUGGACAUAAUGAGGAAGCAGGGAGCAAGAGUGGAGCUGUCUGCUAAAAACCUGAAGGUGAUGGACCAGAUGCCGCCAUCAGCUCCAAAGCUCUUCAAGUUGUGUUUGCCGCCCUCAGAUGGAGAACUGUGAGAGAAUCUUCUCACAUGGACGUGAAUGCAGAAGUGGACGACAUUAGGAGAGGAUGAGUUUAAUUCUCAUCCCUUCCUCUCAGUUUGAUGCUGCCAGUAAAACAAGGACCAACCCGUACAAGCUAAGAAAGACGGUUCAGUCAAAUGAGACAAGGGACAACGGACCGACUAAAGCCAGACUCCUGCGGCCAGAGAGCCACAAACUGGCCACAUAUACUUUGAGAUUUUCCUGGACAGUAUUACUACAUCGGCCGUCUUCUGACAUGAAGCUUACCUUACUUAUUUAGAAGACGAUGUUCUCAUGGAUCAGCUUGUGUUGUUAACUGGAUUAACCAAACUACCUGUAUUUGACCAACGUCUUAAAUAACAAUCUUUUACCCACUUUGCCUUGGACUGCAAACUCUGGAAAGCGUGCUCUGGUGUUCCCCAGGGCUCAGAGUUUGGACCACAAGUCAAGAAGAACAUUUUAACUGGUAGAUACAGAAAGUCCAAAAGGCAGACUGAGAGAUGGAAGUAGGGACUAAGGAGCCUGAUGAUAAAAAAUGAUGGGAGGAGGGGGCUGUUUUGAAUUUUUUUCCCAGCCUGUUGCAUGUGGUGACUGUGCAAUUACUGUAGGUUUAGUUUAAGUACUGUAUUGCUGCACAAAAUGAAGGAUAGCUAUUUAUUGUGUCCAGAAGGAGCGUUUUUAUCGCUUACUUACUCGAUAUCAGGUAUUAAAGAGUCUAAAAGCAUUCCAGCCUACGUAUUGAUCAGUAUUUAAAGACCAAUGGCAUGCCAUUUCACUUGUUUGUUUUUUGUUUUUAGAUUUACCUGCUUGUGUUUCAUUUUAUUUAAUUGUGUGGAAUUCAAUUAUGUCAGUAAUUGUUUCAUUGAUAAUCAGGGCAUUUAAGGGAUGGAGUAACUAAAGCUAGCUAAUGCAAAUCAGGUCAAAAUGUAAACAAAGGCACCAAGUCACAACGUUAAGUACUGAAUCACUUAAAAUAUUAAUAUAUUAAUUAAUCCAAAUGUUGAAAGUUUACCUUGUGUUUUCUGAAAUCUGACUUUUAAAUUGGCUCUUUGUUUGCUGUAGGUGUUCUGAUAGAAAUACAGUGAUUGGUCCAUUCAGUGUUACACAAAGUACUGUAAUCAGUUUGAGGAUAACAAAAACAAACAAAAGGGAUUGUUUUGAGGAUUGAAACACAGUAACAGUUUACUGGAGAUUUUAUUUUCUUGUAAAUAAUACGUAACAUUGUCAGAGCAGAAGAUUGUGCAGGCAUUACAGAAUAAUGCUAUAAAUCGUAUUGGAUUAUUUUUAUGGAAGUAAUAUAGUAUAUGAAACAUAUUUUGUAUUGGUGACUGUGCAUUUGAAGAGAUGCUGCCUGCCUGUUUCCAGCAUCGCCGAAUCUUCAGCUUUUGUUUUUUGGUUGUUAAAAAUGUUCUUCAUCCAGAACCUCCUAUGAUUUGCUGCAUUCUUUACGCUGGUUUCUGUUUACAGCCUGGUUCCAUAUUGGCAUGUUGUUAUAAUCUCACCUUUUUACCUGGAGCUUAACUCAUCCAUCAGUUUACAUGAUCAGACGUGGAGAUAUUUGUAUCAACAUAUUUUCCUGUAUGAUCUCUGCUCUGUACCUGAGUAAAAACCAUUCAGUGAUCUUAAAGCGGUGUCUGUUAGCACUGCAGGUUGCUAAUGAGUGUAGCAAGUUGGUAUAUCUGGAUAAACUAUUGUCUAAUUCUGGUGUUUUCUUUUGUAUAUAUACUUAUGCAAUUUUAUGUUUGUUGAAAAUAACUGUACAAAGAUAUUCUUUUUGUUGAAUCUUUCUAAAAUUAUUGUAAAUGGAAUCUUAACAAGUUAGUAAAUAAAAUGUUCUCGUCAUGACA